GUUGACUCCGAGGGCAAGCGUAUUUGUUGUGCAGAGAAUUUGCAGAUCGCCAUUCAAGAAAAGACCUUCUAUAAGUUUGAAAUUGGAUUCAGAUCACAAGGCAACAGAAUUUCGACUAUAUUUUCAAUCUCUUUCUCCCCACAUGCGAGCCUUCCACCUGGCAUGGCUCUCCCUCUUCAGCUGCUUCUUCUCUACUUUCUCCAUUCCUCCACUCAUUCCUAUCAUCGGAAAAGACCUCAACCUCACCGCUUCUGACGUGGGCAAGGCUGGGAUAGCAUCCUUUGUCGGUUCCAUCUUCUCCCGCCUCGCAACGGGCCCUGCAUGCGACCUCUUCGGGCCGCGUCUGGUAUCCGCCGCAGUCUCCCUCCUCACAGCACCCGUAGCCUUAUCCAUGUCUCUAGUCUCAUCCCCCAUGGCCUUCGUCGCCGUUCGUCUUCUCAUUGGAUUUUCUCUGGCCAAUUUCGUGGCCAACCAAUUCUGGAUGAGUUCCAUGUUCUCCGGCUGCGUUGUUGGACUAGCCAUUAAUGGCGUUGCCCCCGGCUGGGCUAACGUCGGCUCUGGCGUCACUCAGCUAGUCAUGCCGCUUAUAUACAAUCUCUUCACUACUACCUUGAACAUACCCUCUUCUAUUGCUUGGCGCAUAGCAUUUGUCGUCCCAGCAAUUUUCCAGGUAGCAACGGCGCUUAUGGUAUUCAUCUUUGGCCAGGACUUGCCUGAUGGAAACUACAGCGGUAGUAUAAUACAUAUAAGAGCUCCGAGUAAACCACAACAAAAGGAAAACUCUUGCUGGAGUGUGCUGUACAACGGCCUGAAGAAUUAUGGAGGAUGGAUACUGGGGCUGACAUAUGGGUUUUGCUUCGGAGUCGAAUUAACAACUGAUAAUAUCAUAGCGCAGUAUUUAUAUGACAGAUUUAACGUGAAUGUUCAGACAGCGGUUGCCAUUGCUGCGAGCUUUGGGUCAAGGCCAGCGGGAGGGGUGGUUUCAGAUGAGAUGGGAAGGAGGUUUGGAAUGAGAGGGAGGCUGUGGGGCUUGUGGGUGGUGCAAAACGGUGGUUUCAGAUUUAACGUGUUGCUCGGGAGAGUUAGAACACUUUGGGCCUCCAUUUUAGUGAUGUGCGGCUUCUCUUUGUUCGUUCAGGCAGCUUCGGGCCUCACAUUUGGCGUUGUUCCUUUCGUUUCCAAGAGGUGGUAG